CUUUUCUAUUUCUUACUUUCCAAUGCCAAACCCAACUUUCUCUUAUCUCUUAUAUUAUAGGCAUUAGUUAGUUUACUUGUUUUUUAUAUCCCCCCUCCCCCCCUCCUCUUCUCAGGAAGUGAUGGGGACCUUGUUCCUCAAUUCUUUCUCACUCACACCAAAUAAAUUUGUAAGAGUCUCUGACAAUACUGGAUGGAAGAGGAGGAAGUUUUUUCUGCAUUGUCAAGGAAGUAGCAAUAGUGUAAAGUCUAGCUCGGUUUUGACAGAAAGAUCUGCAGUGGUUAAUGGUGAUUGUGGUCCAGCAGCUCUUAUGGAUUCUGGAAACUUGGUUUUUUCACCAAAUGGAAAGAGCCAGGCAGAGAUUGCAGUGAAGAAUCUGGUGCCCUAUGGCUCACCUCCUUUUGUUGAGUUACAAGAUGGCAUUGGCAUUGUCAAAUUUCUUAGAGGAAAGGGGUUUUUCAUUACUGGUGCGACAGGGUUUCUAGCUAAAGUUCUUAUUGAGAAGAUUCUAAGGACUAUGCCAGAUGUGGGAAAGAUUUUCCUCUUGAUCAAGGCAAAAAAUGAAGAAGCUGCAAUGGAAAGAUUGAAAAAUGAAAUCAUAAACACAGAUCUUUUCAAGUGUCUGCAAGAAACCUAUGGAAAAGCAUACCAGAAUUUCAUGCUGAGCAAACUAGUCCCUGUGGUAGGAGAUCUAAGUGAAUAUGAUCUUGGGUUGCAAGGAGAUUUAGCUGAUGUGAUUGCAGAAGAAGUCAACAUAAUUGUGAAUUCUGCAGCUAAUACAACCUUCGAUGAAAGGUAUGAUGUUGCUAUAGAUAUAAACACUAGAGGACCAUGCCACCUUAUGGGAUUUGCCAAGAAAUUCAAGAAUCUCAAACUUUUCCUGCAAGUAUCAACAGGCAAAUUUAUUCCUAUUACAUGUGCAGCAUAUGUUAAUGGACAAAGACAAGGAAGAAUCAUGGAAAAGCCAUUCUGCAUUGGAGAUAGCAUAGCAAUGGAAAAUUUAAUAUCUGAAACUGCUACAAGAUCUACACCAAUACUAGACAUUGAAAAUGAAUUAAGAUUGGCCUUGAAUUCUGAUGAAGCUUCUGAAGGUGUUGAAGUUGCUCAGAAAAUGAAAGAAUUGGGUUUAGAAAGGGCAAAAAGAUACGGAUGGCAAGACACAUACGUGUUUACUAAGGCUAUGGGAGAAAUGAUGAUCAACAAGAUGAGGGGUGAAAUACCUGUUGUGAUAAUUCGACCUAGUGUUAUUGAGAGUACUUACAAAGAGCCAUUCCCUGGAUGGAUGGAGGGAAACAGGAUGAUGGAUCCAAUUGUAUUGUGCUAUGGAAAAGGCCAGCUAACAGGUUUCCUGGUUGACCCAGAUGGAGUGCUUGAUGUAGUCCCAGCUGACAUGGUGGUAAACGCGACAUUAGCGGCCAUUGCAAGGCAUGGAAUGACUCAAAAGCCAGAGAUCAACAUCUACCAAAUUGCCUCAUCAGUUGUAAAUCCCCUGGUUUUCCAAGACUUAGCCAGGUUGCUCUAUGAACAUUACAACUCUUCCCCGGUCCUGGACUCAAAGGGCAGGCCAAUCCAAGUACCAUCAAUGAAGCUGUUCAGCACCAUGGAAGAACUCUCAACUCACCUCUGGAGGGAUGCCAUUGACCGGAGUGGACUGACUGCAGUGGCAUCUUCAGAUGGAAAGCUGUCUCAGAAACUUGAACUUAUCUGUAGAAAGUCAGUGGACCAGGCCAAGUAUUUGGCAAAUCUAUAUGAGCCAUACACUUUCUAUGGUGGCAGGUUUGACAACAGCAACGCUCAGGGAUUAAUGGAGAUCAUGUCUGAAGAAGAAAAGAGAUGCUUCGGAUUCGAUGUGGGAAGCAUAGAUUGGAAAGACUACAUAAAAAAUGUCCAUAUUCCUGGCUUGAGGAGGCAUGUCAUGAAGGGGAGAGGGAUGUGUACGUAGCCAAAGUUCUUACACAUCUUGUUCACCUGUUUGGGAGUAGUCUUACCUUGCAUAGAUAUGUAAUAAACAAAUCGUAUCUGUUUUUCGUCCCUCCGUUGUUACGUUAUUACAUAGAAAAAAGGGCAGGGAAAUCUUCCCUUUUUGUUAGUAAUGUAAUUUGAUUCUUAUAAAGGAUACAAUCUAAU